GGGCGAGCAGGACAUUUUAAGAUAAAUAUAUGUUUGUGUAUAUAAUAAUAUAACAAAAUUAAUAUAGACGGCCUACAGGGAUAAAAAAGGACAUAUUUACAGUUUGGAUCUGGAUUACAUUGUAUUCUUUGGGGAGCAGAGAGGAGCAUGGAGGCAUAAAGAUGUGGGAAUAGUGGUCAGAAAGGAUUAUUUUUGCUUAAUGAUAUAUUUAUUUAAUUUAUUUUUCUAUAUUUUCCUACCGGGAUUAUUUGUGUUUCGGCGGGAGGUGCCGCUGAUCAGAGACUGUGAAGAUGGAUCAGGCGAGUAUUUUGAGGAAGUUUAUUCAGGGGGUUCACGCCAUGCGAUCCGGGGAUCAGAGAGGCGAGGACAACUUCGGCUCCGACUUCAUGAGAUUACGCAGAUUAUCAACCAAAUACAAAACAGAAAAAAUCUACCCCACUAAUGUUGGUGAGAAAGAGGAAAAUGUAAAAAAGAACAGAUAUAAAGACAUACUACCAUUUGACCACAGUCGAGUGAAAGUCACACUAAAAACAUCCAAUCAGGACAAAGAUUAUAUCAAUGCAAACUUCAUCAAGGGCGUAGAUGGGCCUGAGGCCUACAUUGCCACGCAGGGCCCGUUGCCUAACACAGUAAUAGACUUUUGGAGAAUGAUCUGGGAAUAUCAUGUUGCUGUGAUUGUUAUGGCGUGUCGAGAGUUUGAAAUGGGCAGGAAAAAAUGUGAGCGGUACCACCCCCAGUUUGGAGAUGAGCCCAUGUCCUUCGGUCCUUUUACAAUCUCCUGUGAAUCAGAACAAACACGAACUGAUUAUUACAUCCGUAGUCUAACAGUAGAGUUUGACAAUGAGACUCGUAGAAUAACACAGUUCCAUUACAUCAACUGGCCAGACCACGAUGUUCCCUCAUCUUUUGACUCCAUAUUGGACAUGAUUGCUCUGAUGAGGGAGUAUCAAGAGCAUGAUGACGUUCCUAUCUGUGUACACUGCAGUGCCGGUUGUGGGAGAACAGGUGCCAUUUGUGCAAUCGACUACACAUGGAACCUGCUAAAAGCUGGGAGAAUUCCAGAGGACUUUAAUGUAUUUCAGCUGAUUCAAGAGAUGCGGACGCAGAGACACUCGGCAGUUCAGACUAAGGAGCAGUACGAGUUAGUCCAUAGGGCAAUAGCCCAACUUUUUGAGAAGCAGCUGUUGCUGUUGGAGAGUCCCACGAAUUCAGAGUUGACAGAUGGCAUGGAUGAAGGCAGUCCGGAAAAACCCAGCCAGAACUCGGAUGAGGACCAAUGGGACACUCCCCCACCCAAACCACCACGUAUCCGGAGUUCUCAGCUUGAGGGUGACGUCCGAGAAGAGAUCUUGCAAGCACCUGAGCCUCGACCUGUGCCACCCAUCCUCACGCCAUCUCCUCCCUCGGCUUUCCCCACAGUGAGCGAUGUGCGCCAGGAGAACGAUCGCUACCACCCCAAACCCGUACUACAUAUGCUGGCCUCUGAGCAAGUACCUGACCUCAAUGAGAACUACAGUGAGAGUGCCCAGGAGGCUCCCUCCAUGCCUGUCUCUGUGCCUGCCACCUCCCCUCCAGAGACCAACAAACACACCCCUCUGAAUGUCGAGAUCAAGAAAGUGCCAUUGCAAGAGGGCUUGCGUAGUUUCGAGACCAAUAGCGCUCUACAUCGAACACACGCUUUCAAAGUGCGAUCCAACAACAGCAUGCAGUCACAGGAUUCUGAAAACCCUUCCCGUCCUGACAACCUGCCUUUGCGCGUGAACAAAAGUCAGGGGUCCUGGACACGGUCCACAAAACCAUCGUCUGGCUCUAGCCCUCCCUCUGGCCCAGCAUCUGAAGAGACUGGCACUUCCUUUAGGACCCCCCUGUGUUUUACCAAUCCACUGCACUCUGACCAUUCAGACCCAGAGCCUGAGGAAGGUGAAGACUCCCAGCCUGUUCCAUGUCACACCGAAUGUCAGUCAAAUGUGUCCACGGCCACCGGGACGGUUUCUGUGCCUCAUGAUGACCACAUUUCCAGAAAGAUUACCUCAGUGUCCAUAGCUGGUCUUGGCUCAAAUGCAGAUGCAGAGACAGAUCCUCUGGAUGUAAAGGUGGAAGUAAAUGAUGGAACAGAAGUGUCAAAAAAAGCCUUAUUCCAGGAAAUGAUACACACACAGACGAUAACUUCACCAGAAGGAGGGCAGGAAAAUGGAAGGAGUUCCAACAACCAGGCAAAAAACACAGCGAGCAUUAUUAAAGCAGAUGUGAAGACUGAGCAGGAGCCAGUUUCACAGCUGGGAUUUGGCAACCGCUGCACACAACCCAAAGGCCCAAGAAACCCUCCUUCUGAGUGGACAUAAUGAUUAAGGAACUCCAAAAGUUGAUCCAAAAUGCACAAAGGCCAACACAGAUUCUACUAUCACGGCUACCGUCACACCCUAUGUUGUCUACUCUAAGUGCCACUGGAGAGCGAGGAUCAAAGCCUCCAUCUCUCAGCGCCGUCCCAGUAUAAAAACAAUUAAUCAGCUGUUCUUCAGAUAAUCUUCCAUGUUGCAGUCACACUUCUGCUGCUGCUGUAUGUGUGUUGACUGCCAUGGGCUCACUGCACUGGUGCUAUACUUUCUCUUGGCUGGGACCACCGACUGCUUUAUUCCUCUCUAGCAAAAAAGUAACUGAGCGAACAGACCUAAUGUAGUCUGUGCUGCUGUCCUAGCUAAAGUGUUUCUAUACUUUGCAACUUCUACCAUGACAAUUCAUGACUUCUAUUAUGACAAGAUAUGUAUCCAUAGGGACCGAGAACUACUGUUAUUUUUGUUUGGUUGGCUUAGAUUUUUUUCCCUGGUAAUUCCUGGACUUCCAUAUAUGCAUUAUAUAGGUGUACAGGACAAGUAGGUGUAUAAUAACAAAAUGUGCUAUCGCUUAAUAUUCUUAUUAACAGAAGAUGUAAGAAGUCUGUGCAUGUUGCCCUAUUUACUAUCACCUGUAAAUUAUUCACCCUCCUGUUAUAACAAAUACUUCAGGGUUGUUUUUGUUGCUCUCUCCCUUUCAGUGUUUAUAGGUUGUUGUUUUUUUUUCAAAGGCUAGCUGUUUUAUCCGCCAUUUCUGGAGAUGGAACAGGCUUGAAAUUGUAAUAAUGUUUGUUUUUUCUAUGUAAAUUGUAUUCUAAAGGUUAUUUUUGUAUACACUGCUUCCCCGUCCAUGAACCAUGCUCUGUACCACUGGCCUCUCAGAGCUUGACUGUGCCUUUUUGAGAGCAUGCCCCUUCUGUCGGCUGUAAGGGCAACACCAUGUGUGAGUGAAUGAAUGAGAGUGUGUGUGAGUAAUAGAAAGGAAUUUACAGCAUUGCAAUCAAGCCACUGGGUUCCUGCUCAACAACCCUUAUACAGAUCUGUUAGUAUGUUGCAGAAAUCAAUCAUCCUCUAAGUAAAGGAGACAUCAAGAGGAA